UCAUUGACUGAAUUCUAAAUUUUGUUUUUAUUGUUAUUAAAACGAUUUAUACAUUUAAAAAUUAUUUAUGGUGUGCUUUUUUUACGUGAUAUAUUUAAUUUUGAUUACUGAGUGUUCAAUUAAUUUAAAUAAAAUCUGUAUUAUUUGAUUAAUUUUCUUGGUUCACAUUGUAUUUGUACCAAUUGGUAUAAGAUUUAAUUAAUAUUUCUUUACGUAUUUAUUAAUAAAAUUUACGAUUGAAAUGGCUGCUGUUGAAUCACUAGUAAAAGUCGAAGAAAAACCAGUUAAUAGAGAAAAGACUUGUCCAUUAUUAUUGAGAGUAUUUUGUGCUAUGGGCCAUCACAAUAAUCUAUCAGAAUACUAUAGAGGCUCUGUACCUGGGAAUGAACUUCAAAUAUAUACAUGGAUGGAUGCUACUUUAAGAGAAUUAACUGGUCUUAUUAAAGAAGUAAAUGUUGAAUCACGUGCUCGAGGAACAAUGUUUGAUUUUGUUCUUGUUACACCUGAAUACAACUCUCCUAGAUUUGUUGGAUAUGAAAUAGGUUCUACAAUAGCUGGAGUUAAAUCACCUGGUGAUUCUAAAACUUUAGCAAACACAAGAUUCACAAUUGGUGAUUUUUUAGAUGUUUGCAUUACUCCUCCUGAAAAUCGUUUUAUGAGAAGAACGGGACCUAUGCGGUAUAGAAACUAAUAAUUUAAUAUACCUUUUUUUUUUAUAUUUUAACGGAUAAAUUAAAAAUAUGUGGACAAUAUAUAAAUCAUUUUUUAAUUUGUGAUUUUUUUUUACCUCAAUUUUCACCUAAGCUAAAAUAUGUGAAUUAAAAUAAAAUGUUUUACAUUAA